AUGGCUGCCGGCACAGGGCCAGCCUAUAACAGCUAUCCGACCAUACCGACCCUCAGUAUUGGCAAGUGGUAUUGUCUGACGGCUACUUAUGACGGCGAUACGUUGAAGGGAUAUAUCGACGGUAACCUGAUCUAUGCUAAAAAGUGGGCAAACCAAUAUCCGAACUACGGCUCUGCUGCCCACCUGUAUAUCGGCUUGUCCGGCACCAUGGUCAAUAAAUAUCGUUUUAACGGUAUUAUGGAUGACUGUCAGAUCUGGGACGGAGCGCUGUCCCCUGCGCAGAUCAGCACCAUGUGCGGCACCGUUCCGCCUACGUAUUGCAGCUGCCCGCCACGCACACCCCCGAAUAAGAGAUAA